AUGACCCCAUCGGACAGUGCCUCAAAUUCUCCAAAGAGCGAUAGUGAGACGAACACCUUCUUUGACGGAGAAAUGGCAACAAACAAUGAACAACAGUUCUUCCAAAUUUGUGCUGAGGUACUUAAAAUCCCGGUCGAAAAGCUGGAUAAGUCUCAGUCCUUCAUCGGACUGGGUGGAGACUCCAUUGCGGCAAUUGGCCUAAUUGCGCGAUGCGAGGACAGAGGAAUCGAAGUAAAGACGGGCGAUAUCAUCAACUUAAACAGCAUUGCAGAGCUCUUCUCGACAACCAAAUUGCGAUCGUCUCGAGAAAAUGAUAGUCCAGCCUACUCAACAGUCGAGGGGACCUCCGGACACAAGGAAGGCGAAUCCGAACGUUUCAGUAUCUGGCAGGAUUACAGCCGGGCUACACCUGAAGAGAGAAUACGACUGCUUCAGCAGGUUGCACUGGAGUGUGGGCUUGAAGCAGACUCGAUCGAAGAUGUGUACCCAUGCACUCCGUUGCAAGAAGGUUUGAUGGCCAUCUCUGCCCGCAAACCAGCGGCCUACGUCGACCGCCGAGCAUUUGCCCUGGGACCAAACAUCGAUCUCCAUCGUUUCCAAGCAGCAUGGGAUAUUUUGAUAGAGCGGACCGCCAUUCUUCGCACUCGAAUUAUCAUAGGACCCAGUGGUCGAUCUUUGCAGGUGGUGACCCGCAACCGCAUUCUUUGGCGACACAGUUCCACCCUUAAGAGUUAUCUGGCGGAGGAUCGAAAAGAAGGUAUGCAGCUUGGUCAGCCUUUAGCCCGCUGCGGACUCGUUCCGAAAUUAGUCGAUGGAGAGGGAGCGACGUUUAUGUGGACGGCUCACCAUAGUAUCUACGAUGGAUGGAGUGCGCAGCUCCUCUACCGCCGCUUAGCCGCAGUUUACUUCCAACAGCAGCUGCCGCAAUCUAUCCCAUAUACCCGAUUCGUGCGAUACAUGGAAGGAAAAGACCCGGUUAUUGCUGCAAACUACUGGCGCCACCAACUUCAGCGCGAGAAUGUUAAUUCCGUGGCGCAUUGGCCAGCAUUACUCCACCCCAACUAUCAGCCUAGUCCCCGGGCCCAAUUCAAAGGCGAAAUCCCAAUUCUCGAAGGCGCCGAACAAGGACUCGUCAUGAUGUCACAUGUCUUGCGCGCCGCUUGGGCGCUAGUCAUAUCCCAGUACACUGGGCAGGACGAUAUCAUUUUUGCUGCUACGGUAUCGGGCCGCAAUGCCCCUGUCUCGCAGAUCGCCGAGAUUGCAGCCCCAUUGAUCACUACAGUUCCCGUGCGUAUCGGCAUUGACCCGACUCAGACAGUUGGCAAAUUCCUACAGGCAGUGCAGCGCCAAGCGACUGACAUGAUUGACCAUGAGCACACUGGUUUGCAGAUGAUAAAAACCAUGCUACCGGACCUGCAUGAUGUUUUGGAACUCCAGAACCUGUUGAUUAUCCAGCCAGCAUCGGAACAAGAUGUCUACAAAGCCUUCCCUGGACUCAGUCCGAUCUCCCUACCAAUGGAGGACUUCGACAGCUACGCUGUAAACGUGGAGUGUACCCUGGGGAGUGAAGCUGUGAAGAUAGAGGUUAUGUAUGACGAAGAUAUGAUUGCUGCAGCGGACUUGACUAAGGUUAUGGAACAAUUCAUCUUCUUGGCGCAGGGAUUGUGCCACCCGUUGGCCCGGGAUCGACCGUUGCAAGAGGCGAUGGGAAUUUCCCCGAGUGACCGGCAGCUGAUUUUAGAUUGGAACACCGCCGUUCCCAAGCCAGUGAGCCGGUGUAUUCACGAUCUGGUGACUGACCAGGUGAUGAGCCGGUCCACGGCCAUCGCAGUCGAUGCAUGGGAUGGUGAGUUACAGUACGCCGAGUUAGCGAGCUACAGUAAUUCACUGGCCCAUUUCCUCGUCAGCUUGGGAGUAGGACCCGAAAAUACCGUUGGACUGUGUAUGGACAAGUCUAAAUGGGCUGUGGUAGCCAUGUUGGCCACUCUAAUAUUCUUCAGGACGCCGGAACCAAAGUGA